AAGGGUUGGGAGACAAGAGGAAGGGGGCUGGCCUGCUUGGGAUGGGAGGGGGAGGUGGAUUUUCCACUCAUGGAAGGGGAGGAAAGGGCAGAGGGUGGGGGCUUCCUUGGGAAGCUCAGGGAUGAGUCACCCAGGGCCAGGGGAGUGGAGGGUGGAUAGGAUAUGGAGACCAGGGGCGCUGGGGACUGGAGGGUGGCCCAGCAACAAUGGAAACCAGCCAAUGCAGCAGCAAGAGGAAUCGGCUCAGACACCAGGAAGACACAUCCAGAGGUCCCCUGAGAAGCGUUAGCAAACCUCCGAGGGGCUGUGCGUGGAGAAGCCCCGGUGCGCAUGCUCUGUCCUGAUGGAGGACAGCUGGACUAGGACCCUCCAGGCUCUUCAAUUCUUAGCGCUUCCAGACUUUGAGAAGCUGAGGAGCUGGGAAGCUCAGACAUCAUCUUGCCUGAGUCGGGGACCAGUGACUUGAAGUGCAAACUCUUUGGCAGGUCUCUCUGGAGCAGGAUGGCCCAGGAGCUCAGCGAGAAGGAGCUCCUGAAGAUGGAGGUAGAACAGCUGAGGAAGGAAGUCAAGAACCCAAGGAGCCCGAUUUCCAAGACGGGAAAGGAAAUCAAGGAUUAUGUGGAGGCUGAAGCAGGAAACGACCCUCUCCUCAAAGGCAUCCCUGAGGACAAGAAUCCCUUCAAGGAGAAAGGCGGCUGCACCCUAAGCUGAGGGCUCUGGAGGCCCCCCCCCACCCCGACCGUCUGCCCCUCCUCAACCCCACUCUUCCCCAGGAACCCAGGGUUCCAGGGGCGGGGGGACACUCUCCACCCUCUCUCGGCCACAGCAGGAGGAGACCCCCAGCCCGUGCACUGGGGAGCCGUUCCUCACUCCUGCCCUUAGCUCUCCACCACCACCCCUGGGUCACUGCGGGCUCCCCUUGGAGGCCCUUGAUGACCGCUGCUCUGGCUCAGCAGCCGUGGCACAUUCCAUGGUGGGGUCCGAAGAGCCCGCCACGCCCUGGGACCCCAGACAGCAUCCUUAGAGACGUUGACCCCUCCCUACGGCCCUCCCAGUCUUUCCCUCCACUCUCUUCCUAGGAACCAGCAUUCCUAUUCAUAGCCGUUUGCGUGGAGGGCCCCAGUGGGGGAGGCCCUUCUUCCCCAUCUUGUGUCUGACCCUGUGGUCCUCCUCCUAGUCACUUAGAUCGCCCCAGAGGGCUGAGGACACAAAGAGUUUGUGACUUCAUGAGGUCACGCUCUAUUUAAUGUUGUGGGGUGUCUGUUCCGUGCUGGGCACUGGGGAGGGCAGAGUAGCAGCGCUGACACAGCGGGAACAGAGUUGGCAGUGAGGUCAGUAAGCGCUUCUGUGCAGAAAGGACCACCAGUGGCGUGGGCCACACGGCAGACAGACACCCAGGGCCAUGGGCAAGGUCCGAGGGAACUGUUGCAGGCCAGUGGGCCGUGGGGAGGAAUGGGGCACACGGGGGCCCAAGAGGGAGGUGCGCGAAGCCUUAAAGGACCCCCGUGAACUCAGUUAAGAACUGUGUUCUCCACCCGCCGUGACAGGCAUGAAGCAGCCAAGGGACAGGAUUUGAUGAGCAGGAGGGAGGUUGGCUCCUGGCUAAGGAGGACACGGAUUCCUGGGCCUUGUCAGCAAGGAGAUUAUAGUCUUAUGGAACCACAGAAGGCAAGCCGAGAACAGGGCAUAAGCUGAUACCCCGUAACCCCGGUCGCCCCUCCCCCAGGUGGGAUCUGUGUGACAAUCCCGCCGCCCUAAAGCAAAGGGAAGGAAAAACAAAUAGUUACCUUCUUAGAGAUCACAGCCCUGCAAGAUAGGAGUCUCCCUUGGUUUACAAGUGUCAGCUAUUUACCGGGGGUGGGGGGGGAGCAUUCUUACCAAAAACCUAACUUCCAGAAGGAAACUCCCAACUGUCUUACGGUCUGUGCUUUCCUAGAGGGAAAAACAAUACUCACCUGACAAUGGCAAGGCCUCCCAUAUCUUGUAGGUCCUUUCUAGCACACAAAAAUUCUUUUGAAAACCUUGUUUUUUCCUUACCCCCAGCUCCCAAGUAUAUAACCCGCCACCCCUCACAACCCUGGGCCAGCAGCUCUUUCUGCCCACGGGCCCUGUCCCCGUGCUUUAAUAAAACCACCAUUUUGCACCAAA